AUGACUAACAACGCCCAAGAACAAAUUAAUUUAAUUACCAAUAAGUCAAAAAUUAGAUAUUUAGAUAUUAGUAAUAGAGAUUUAACUGGUAAUGUUGAUUUAAAAGAAUUUACCGGUUUAAUUAGUCUCAAUUCUUAUAACAACAAAUUUGAAAGUUUGGACUUUUUAAACUCUUUACCAAACAAAGAGCAAUUAAAAAAACUAAACUUCUUUGGUAAUCAGAUAAAAGAAAUAGAUUUGGCUCAUUUAUUCAGUACUUUUCCUAAAUUGGAGUAUCUGAAUUGUGAAAAUAACCCUUUGUCGGCGAAAAACUUGGAUAAUUUAUCCAGCGAACAUCAAGGAAAUAACAACCAGCAGCAGAACGCUCAAUAUUUACAAACUCUUAUUCAGCAAGGAAGUUCGCCAGUUAAGGAUAAUAAACAAAAUGGUAAUAAUAAUCCUUUAUUAGUUGGUGGUUUAGUGAUUUUUGGAAUUACUACCUUAGCAAUUGACUAUUUGUUAGGCAAAAAGUCAAAA